GUCUGCUUAAAACAGACAACAGUUUGACAACACUUAACGUUAGCAUAAUUACUGUACUUCGUUCGCCGGUUUUGAAUGUCUCUAGCUUUAUAUGUAGCCUUAGUAGCGAAUGUAUACUAACAUGUAAUUGAUCAUAAAGUAAUACAGAUUAAAACAGUUUAGGUUUCUUAAUUUAAAACAUUGUAAGAAAUUACUCUAAAUACUUUUAAAGAGUUGUCGCUACUGGGAAUACAUUUUGUACUGAUGGCAACCCCAAGGCGCCCUGGGAGGGCUAGAUCUCAACUGCCAGCAUGUUACCACGAAGGGUUUCUGGAAAAGAAAUCUUCACAAGAUAAGAUGGGCCGAAAAUUGUGGACCUCUUUAUGUGGCAAUUCUCUAUAUUUCUUCAAUAAUACCAAAGACAAUGCCUAUAUAGACAAGCUGGAUUUGUCUGAUCUCAUGUCUGUAUCUGAUGACUGCUGUCGUGACCGAAACCUGGGUGCAGCUCGAUUUACCCUGCACAUGAAAAAUGAAGACAUCGUAAUGAUUGCUCCUACCCUGGAGGCCCGAGAGCUGUGGAAAGGCUAUUUACUAUCAGUUGCUAAGCUGACAGUGCCCAGCUCUCUGAACCUUCUUCCUGGUCAGAUUUACAUAAUGAAAGAAAUAAUUGAGAAAGAGAAAAAGAGGCAGCGGACUUAUUCAUCACCUGAACCGAACAUUUAUGUAUCUGUAAUCUCAGACAUGCCCGCGUGUUUCUAUAAAGUUUCUCGUAUUGAGGCUGAACUCCGACUGGAACGGUACCCAGAACAGGGGAAUCUGCUGCUGAGACCCCGCCAAGAUGGAGAAUCUUUUGCCAUAACCACCCGUGAAGAUGUCAACGGUAGAUCAAUAUUCAGACAUUAUCGUGUGACUCGCAAGCACGAUGGCGGAUUCUACAUAGAUAUCGAGGCUCCUAUCUCCUGUAACACUUUACAAGAUGUUGUAAACUGCAUGGUGGAGAAGACCAACAGUGUUUUGAAACCUUUCGUGAUGGAGGAAUACUAUGAAGACACUAUCACAUUUGUUGAAACCAAUGAGGAGAAUGGUGAGCAAAGUUUUCAAAAAGCCAUCAGUGUCCCUUCGCAUUCUCCACCAGCACCGCCCCCCAAACCAGGCAAAGGGAAUAACAAAGCUUAUUCAGAUACAUCUUCAAACAUCUAUGUCAAUGAGCCAGAUGAUAGCGAGUUCGAUGAGGUGGGCGUUUUUUGUCCUGGACCCCCUUUAAUACCACGUGUACCAGCCCGACUGCCCCAUCAGAAUUCUUUAACAGCCCUGAACGCUAGCUCAAAUUGCGAAAGAAAAGCUUUAAAACCACCUGGGUACCCUAACCAUGUGCCACGAAGCCAAAGUUUAUCAGACUUGACUGGGAACUUUGAGAGUUCUCAAAAUCGACAAAAACCCUCAGGUAUUACAAAGGAACUUGAGCAUAUAUUUCGGAGAAGAGCAAUGCGAAAUGAUCCUCAAACUGGUGAACAAUCACUAUAAGAGUCAUAUUGUGGAUCUUACAUCUACAGCAACAGAAGAGGAUCUACGAACACAUCAGCAGGCCCACAAUGAACCUGUUUUGGCUGGACUGUUUUGAAGACACUGAAUCACUGCCAUGUGUAUACUGUGCAGUAUAGUAGCUACACUCAAACAAAUGACAAGGUUUGCUCUUGUAUCUACUUAUUUUAGCGUACUGAUAAAGAUUGAUCCGUUUCAAAGAUUGGUCAAGCGAACAUAUGAAGGAGUACUGUAACGAAUGUAUAAUAAUUUUACAGUAACAUUAAUUCCUUAAUGUCAAAUAGCUGGUCUAUUUUAUUCUUCACUGCCUCUCUUAUACACACAUUAUUUGCUUUAAUGAUCAAAAGGUUUUCAAAGCACUAUAUUAUGUCAAACACUUUAUUAUUUUAAAAGUUGCUGGUCUUCUUUUUUCGAUUUAGAAACCUAAAUGUCUUUUUGAUUACUUAUUACUUUUAUAUGUUUCAGAAACAAUACAUGAUCACAGACAUUAUUUUCAUGUUUGUUUUAUAAGGAAGUCGCACACAAGUAUGGUUGGUAUUUGUUUUAUUGAUGUAACAGGUGGUGUUAUAUUACAAUCUUGCAGGUUGACUUUAGUUCCCGACAGAAAUGUUCAAGUGUGUGUCUAGCAGCAUUGCGGGUUAUAUUAACAAGAGGACAGCAAUGCAAAAACAAACAAAUCAAAAAAAGGCAAAAACAAAAUUAUUUUCUUCUAUAAUAUGUACAAGUAUUGCAACAAGCAUACAAAAAAUGUGUUGUAAAUAUCUGCAUCUCAAAAACACUGAAAUGCAAAUGUACCUUUUUGGGUGACAUGGACACACACGCACACACAUACACACACCACAAACAUCAUUGCCUGUGCACAACCAAUUCAUUUGUCUUGACUCAGCCUUCCUGGAUUUCUUGAAUUAUUAAUCUAUGAAAGGCAUUAAACUUCUCUGUGAUUAAAUUUAGGAUUAUUGUGCUACUCUGAUACUAACUGUAAGUUUAAAAAGUUUUGUUUUUUAAGAAGCAGUCUAGCAAAAUGUAAGACAAUUACUGUUUGAAUAUAAUACAGUUACAGCUUGAACAACAAUACCAACACGAUGUCUGCUGCAUUGAAAUAACUGUUAAUAUGUGGCUUUAAUCGACCAAUACUGUGAAUUUUUGGCUCUAUGGACACGUAGUUUCAAGCCAAUAAAGCAUUAUGUAAAAUA